CCUUCCAGCCCGGCAGCCGCAACCGAAACCCCACGCAGUCUCGAACCUACCCGCUUUUCCGGCCGACGGCCGGCCGGCCGGCCGUCCCCCGCCGUUCGUUCUCCACGCAGUUUGGAAUCUCGAACCGCCGCUGGCCGUCGCUGUCUCGCGAUCAAAACCCCCACGCGACCACGGCGCUCACCGGUCUCUGCCUGUCCCCCAUUUAAUACCCGUGCUCCGUCCGUUAAUGCCGUCUCGAGUCUCGUCCCUUCUUCGCGCAUCUAGCCUCAACCGCCAGCCAACCGCCAGUCCGCCGCCACCGCAGCCCGGGAGAGAGAGAGAGAGAGCAGAGCACGAGGGCGGGGGCGGAUGGCGAGCUCCCAGUGCUGCGAUAACCCGCCGACGCUGAACCCGGCCGGCGGGGCGGGCAAGGUCGUGGACAGCUUCGGCGGGCUCAAGGCCUACGUCGCCGGCCCCGAGGACUCCAAGGCCGCCGUCGUCCUCGUCGCCGACGUCUUCGGGUUUGAAGCGCCGAAUCUGAGGAAGAUAGCCGACAAGGUUGCUCUGUCAGGAUACUUUGUUGUGGUACCAGAUUUCUUCCGUGGGGAUCCUUACGCACCAGAGAAUACUGAGAGGCCCAUUCCUGAGUGGCUAAAGUCGCAUACUCCGGAAAAAGGGUUUGAAGAUACAAAACCUGUUAUUGCUGCUCUAAAGGAGAAGGGAGUGUCUGCUGUUGGAGCUGCAGGUUAUUGCUGGGGUGCAAAGGUUGUUGUUGAGUUGGCAAAAGCUAAGGAGAUCCAGGCUGCUGUACUGUUGCACCCGUCGUUUGUUUCUGUUGAUGAUAUCAAAGAGGUCAAAUGCCCGAUUUCUGUACUGGGAGCUGAGAUUGACAAAAUGUCCCCGCCAGAAUUAGUCAAGCAAUUUGAGCAGGUUCUUUCUGCCAAUUCAGGGGUUGGUCACUUCGUCAAGAUUUUCCCUGGUGUGUCUCAUGGAUGGAGCGUGAGGUACAGCGAAGAUGAUACGGCUGCUGUGAAGAGUGCUGAGGAAGCCCUGGCGGACAUGAUCGACUGGUUCAACAAGAACCUGAAAUGAACUCUGGAGUGGCACUCUGCCUUGUAAUAAAGCACAUCCUAGUGCAGUAGUGCGCUUGUCGUCGGAGUAUUGUGGGAUUAUCAGCUGUGUUAGUGUUAGGGCCUGCUUCGUCAGGUCAUUGUAGUUCUCACGGUCUAUGUGCUUGUACACGUUCGCCGUAGACUGGUUGUGCUCAAUCCGUAAUAAAAAGGUAAAUUACGAGGACGAUAUGUGUCCAUAACAAAUACUUCUUUGGAUAUUUAUCGAAAAAAUAUAUUUCAUGCUUGAGAGCAGAA